AGGUUUGAAGUGUCGCUUUAUUUCGUGAAAAUGUCUGAGAAAGUUGUGUUGCGUUACUUCAACGGAAGAGGAAAAAUGGAGUCGAUCCGUUGGCUUUUGGCUGCAGCUGGAGUCGAGUUUGAGGAAGUGUUUUUGACCAAAAGAGAGGAGUAUGAAAAACUGCUCAAUGAUGGAGCCCUGAUGUUUCAGCAGGUGCCUUUGGUUGAAAUAGACGGGAUGCAGCUCGUGCAGUCAAAGGCCAUCUUGAAUUACAUCGCUGGAAAAUACAAUCUAUAUGGAAAAGACCUUAAAGAACGGGCUAUGAUCGACAUGUAUUCAGAGGGUGCCAGCGAUCUAAUGGAUAUGAUUAUAAUGCAUCCUUUCAAACCAGCUGAAAACAAACAGAUACACCUCAGUACUAUAGAGCAGAAGGCCACAGAUCGCUUUCUUCCUGUGUUUGAAAAGGGUCUUGCAAACUCUCAGUUCCUUGUGGGAAACCAGUUGAGCCGUGCUGACGUUCACCUUCUUGAAGCCUCUCUGAUGUUGCAGGAGUUGCUCCCUACCAUACUUUCAGCCUUUCCCAAAAUCCAGGCGUUUCAAGAGAAAAUAAAGGCCUUACCAACAAUCAGCAAGUUUCUCCAGCCUGGCAGUGCAAGAAAACCUCCACCCGAUGAGGUGUAUGUGAAAACCGUGAUGGCGGUGUUGAGCCACCUUUUCAAGUAGGAGGCCCAAUGAAUUCAAAACCGCUAGAUGAUGUUAAUCACCAAUUAAUCUGCAAGCUUCCUUUUUGUUACAAGAU